UGAAGAGAAACGUGACGAUUAAAAUUGACACAAGUGUUUCUUGUAUAACGUAAUCAAUGGAAUAUAAUUAAAUCUUGUAUGUUGACAAUUUUUACGUAUUCUAUGGUGAAAUUGAUUUUUCGCUAUAAAAGCCAGAGCAAAUUUUGAUUUUUUAUCAUAACUUCAAUAAUACUGUAAAUAUAACUGCAAUAGGAGUACAAUAAUAGUAUUUCUCCGAAAUAAUUUUUGAAAAAUGUCGAAAAUUGUACUUCUUCUUUGUGCCUUCCUUUUGACUGGGGCAGUGUACGCUGAACAGAAAGAAAAUCAUGAGGAGGAAAAUGUCAAACUAGGUAUUGUCGGUACAGUGAGGAAUGAAGUAGUGGCAAUUGUUGAAUUAUCAAUUAACCAGGUGACGACUUAUGCUUAUGACGUUCUGGACACAACGGCAAAUGCAAUUAUAAAACUCAAUGAUCAGGCAUUGAGUAUGACCCAAUCUGUUUUUUAUAGAAUUACUGAUGCACAACAAAAUGUAAGAACCGAAGUUAUUGAGGCAUUAAAGGGGGUAAUCGGAGGAAAUGUGACCGAAUGCGAGCAAAUAGUCGAUUCUUUUGACCAGACUGCCACCAAUGCACGGGAGGAGGUAAAACAAUGUAUCGACAAUGUAGUAGCGAGUGCAAAUAGCUACAGGCAAAAAAUGAGACAGAGCAUUGAGGUUAUUGUUAAAAAUUUGACGGACGUUAAAGAUGAGGCCGUAGAAUGCGUUCAAAAUAUCAAUGACGUGCGAUCAAGUGUCAGUGCAUUAUAUUGUGUAAAUAAAGCUGCUUUCAAGGGAACAUUGACAACUACUAAAAAUGUUCCUGCCUUUUGGAUAAAUUUGGGAAAACUCUCCUUUAGAGUGUCAACACUAGUAGCAGAAAUGUCAUUAUGCUCAGCAGUCAGUGAGAUGAAAACAUUCAACGCCGCAUCGAAAACUGUCGUUCAACAAGUUCGCGAGUGCAUUAAGAAAAAUUUUUAAAUUAAAUUAUAAUACUUAUUUUUUAUAAAAGUAAGCUAAUCAAUAUAUAAUCUGUAGUUGAUGAAAACUAAAAAAGUUUGAAUAAAAUUUUAUUAAAUAUA